CUUCACAGCUCACUUUCCCGCGACGACAUUCCUUCAACGGCCAUCUUCUUCCUAGCUCCAGGUACCCAGACUUUAUAGACAAACGCACCAUGGCCGCAUUUCAGACAUUGGCAUACUCUGAGGCAGAUGGAAUAGCUACUAUUACGCUAAAUCGGCCAAAGCACCUGAAUGCUUUCACGACUGUCAUGUACACUGAACUUCCGAUAGCGUUGAAGCGCGCAGCGGACAGCCCAGCGGUCGUCCUCACGCUCCUUACCGGUGCAGGACGCUUGUUCAGCAGUGGAGCAGAUGUAACCGAAGGGAUACCAGGAACCAUUCCGCCUCUGUCUGAUACCGAUGCUUCACGAGAGUUCUAUCGCCGACGCUUUGAUGGCACAAUUGUGCGUUGCGGUUUGGCGUUAGCGGAGCAUCCCAAGGUAUUGGUAGUGGCAUUGAAUGGUCCAGUGGUAGGCAUUGCAGCAGCUCUAAUAAGCCACGGGGAUAUCAUUUACGCCGCUGAAUCGGCGACUUUACACGCACCCUUCUCGUCUCUUGCCAUUUCACCCGAGGGAGGGUCGUCCUUCGCCUUCACUCAACGACUGGGAUAUCCAAAAGCCAUGGAAGCAUUGCUAUUUUCGCGCAAAUUUACGGCGCAAGAACUGGAGGCGAUUGGAUUCGUAAACAAAGUAUUUCCACUUGAAGGAUUCCAGGACAAUGUGCGUAAAACGCUACUGGCCACUAUCAAGACGGUCGUACCAGCGUCUUUGAUUACGACCAAGAGACUGGUCAAGUCCAAUUUCCAGCGCGAGCAAAUCGCGAGCAUCCACAAUGAAGCCAAGGAACUCACCGAACGCUUCGUUUCCGGUGACCCACAAAAAGUGUUCAGCGCUCUUGCAGCCAAGUACAGCAAAAGCAAAUUGUAAGGUGCAUAUCUGCUACCUUGGAUGCACAUGUACUUCUGUUCGUAUGACCGUUUUGUAAUCUAUGUACAUUGGGAAUUUAGAAUCAUUUGAAGACGGGCUUUGACCCGUUUUUCAAUUGACUGGCAAGAGACUCUGCAGUGGUUGCAUAAUUUCCUGAUAAUAUUCGGAAAAAUCGUAGAUAUCAUAAUAAUACUAUCUAUGUUCAUCUCGUGGCCGGGUUACAA